AUGUCCAAUUCUGAACAACAAGACCCCUUGGCUCAGUUGCAAUCUUUAAUUGCCAAGCUAGCUGCCACUCAAUUGCCUUCAUUUGAAGAAAAAGUUAACGAGAAUUUAGCUUCCCCUGUAGCUACCAAUAACACUAACGUAUCUUCCAAAAAGUAUGAUGAUGAAUACUUUAAAUAUAUUUCUCAAGAAUAUAUCACGUUCACAUACACUUCUCCGACCAUCUAUCAUGUAGUCCAGUACUUCGCUAAUCAGUUGGAAAAAAAUGGGUUCGUCUACUUAAGUGAAAAAAAAGAAGCCGAUUGGAGCUCUUCCCUUAAGGGCAAAAAAUCUGGAAAAUUUUAUACAACUAGAAACGGUACUAACUUGGCUGCCUUCAUAAUUGGGUCUGAUUGGGAAGUCGAAAAUGGGGUUGGUGCCAUUGGUUCCCAUAUUGAUGCAUUAACUGCUAAAUUAAAACCUUCUUCAAUUAAACCUCUUGUAGGGGGUUUCGAAUUGUUAGGGGUUGCCCCAUAUGGUGGCACAUUAAACGAUUUAUGGUUUGAUAGAGACUUAGGUAUCGGUGGUCGUGUCUUGUACGAAGACAACGAAAAAUCAGGUCAAAUCAAAAGCGCCUUAAUCAAUUCAACACCUCAUCCAAUUGCUCGUAUCCCAUCGUUGGCUCCUCAUUUUGGUCAAGAUGCUGUCGGUCCAUUUGAUAAAGAGACUCAAGCUGUCCCAGUAAUUGGUUAUUUUUCUCCAAGUGAAGAAGAUGAUAAAGCUACAGAUGAUGAGAAAAAAUCACCAUUGUUUGGCAAGCACUCAAUUCAUUUAUUAAGAUAUAUUGCACAAUUGGCUAAUAUUAAAGUCAGUCAAAUCCAACAAUUGGACUUAGAUUUAUUUGAUGUCCAAAAGGGUACUUUUGCCGGUAUUAAAAAUGAUUUCAUUAUUGCCCCAAGAUUAGAUGAUAGAUUAUGCUCGUUUAGCGCUAUAAAUGCCUUAACAGAUUAUGCCAACAAUAGCAGUAUUGAUGAAUCUUCGUUUAACAUUGUUACUUUAUACGAUAAUGAAGAAAUUGGCUCGUUGUCAAGACAGGGCGCUAAGGGCGGUUUAAUGGAAAGUACUGUCCAAAGAGUUGUUUCCAAUUAUUUUGCUGAGGAUGAUAAUAUCACAGAAUCAUUGAUAAAGAGCGGGUUUGCUAACUCCUUUAUUAUUUCAGCAGAUGUUAUUCACAUGGAUAACCCAAAUUUCACUGAUGUGUACUUAGAAAACCAUAAGCCUAAGCCCAAUGUUGGGCUAACUAUUAGUCUCGAUUCUAAUGGUCACAUGGCUACAGAUGUCGUGGGUACUUGUUUGGUUGAAAAAUUGGCAAAGGCCAAUGACGAUAAAUUGCAAUAUUUCCAAAUUAAGAAUAAUUCAAGGUCUGGAGGUACUAUUGGCCCUUCAAUUGCUUCUCAAACUGGAACUCGUACUAUUGAUAUGGGUAUUGCUCAAUGGUCUAUGCAUAGUAUUAGAGCAUCUACCGGGUCUAAAGAUGUAGGAUUAGCAAUUAAGUUUUUCACUGGAUUUUUCAAGAAUUGGAGAUCAGUUUACAACAAAUUUGGUGAUUUAUGA